AAACUCAAUCUAGACUAACCCUUUAUCAAGAUUGAAGCCGCAGCCACGGGAAUGGAGACAUUGAAGCAUGUAGCUUUGAUUUUCCGAUUAUCAUACAUCCUAUCUAGAAUCCUCAAUUGAGCUAAAGCCUUCUACGUUUAUCUUACAGUGUGAUAUCUGAAGCUCGGAUUUAUUCCACUAUUCCAAACCGACGAUACGCGCCGGCACGUCAUGGCAGACAUCCGCGCCUUACUCCGCAACGAGCUAGCUUCUCGUCGAGCCACCGAUUCAAGUAAUCCCUCCGUAUCCAGACCGACUAAGAAACGAAAGCUUGAACCAGAACAGCGCGUUGACGUGCGCAAAAGGUCAAAAGCCACACCAGAGCAGAUCCCGCAAGAGGAAGGGCGCCAGCGGGAUCAACUUGAUGAAUAUGAAGGACACCAUAAAGCUACCGCGCCAGAUCCGUCGAUAACACCUGAGACUGCCCAGCUUAAGCAAGAAAAAGACAAAAAAGAAGAAGAAGAAGAACACCCUCCCGCUUCCCAAUCACUACUACGUCCCACCACGCCCACAUUUCCCCCACAACGAGCAGAACCACAAAGACAGCCGCAACCACAAUCCAUCGACGAAGAUGAAUGGGCGGCGUUCGAACGCGAGGUCGCCGCACCCACGAAAAUGAUACCUACCGCACUAAUACCCGGCCACGCAACUAUCUCGGCCGCCCCGUUAUCCGCCGCUGAGCUGGCGGAACGCGAGAAGCAGGAUAAGCAGGCGCAGCUGCGAAUGCGUGAGCAGGAAAUGUCGUUUGAGAAGGAGGACGCGGCGAGGUUGUUGGAGGAGGAGUUUGAUGAGAUGGAUCAGCUCGAGGAGAGGGUUAAGCGGUUGAAGGAGAUGAGGGAUGAGAUUCGGAGGAAGAGGAAGGGAACUGGGGGCGGGGUUGGUGAGGGUGAAGGUGCGCGUGAAGAAAGGGAAGGGCAGGGUGAAGGAGGGAGGGAGGUGGAUGAGGAGGAUGAGGAGGAUGAGGAGGAUGAGGAUGAGGAUGAGGAUGAGGGAUGGGACAAUUGGAGAUUCAGAUAGGCCGCACGGGAGAUGAUGACACAUUGUAUGUGAGGUUUUAUAUGAUAAAAAUUUUAAUAUUUGUGCUAUACGCUCAUGAUACCAAUUUUGGACGAGUUACAUUCAGUGUGUUUGAGAGGGGUUGUUGGUUUCAAAUAAAACAAGUGCUUAUUCAAUUGGGAUCUUUCAACCAAAACGUAAUAUAGUAUCUACAUACGCAUGUUGUCUACCCGUUCGUAGCCUCCUAGGCAUCUCGAGCCUCCAUCUCCGCCUCCAUAUGACUUUUCAGCCCCUCCUUACCAACUCUCAUCGCCAUUUCCCGCUCCGCAGCUCCUUGCCGUAACAUAUCCCUUCCAUGCAUCAUCGCGCCCUGUUGUUUUCGCUUCUGCUCCUGCACCCGCAACUCCCGUUCAGCCAGUGCCUUUUCUCGUUUCUCUCGCUCAGCUCGUCGUCUAUCGCGUUCCAUUUGCUCCUCAGCAGAAAUACUGUCUGGUUCUGGGGCCGGGGCAAGGGUUGAUAUAUAUGCCUCAAUUAGGGGGUCGCGAACUUUGGGUGGCAAUGAUAUGUACCGUAGAUCUGUGAGGAUACUUGUGGGGAGCGCAUCUGGUGUUGACGACCUGUUCAGAGCGUGGAGUGGUGUGGACUUGAGAAGCGCGGAAAGGUCUGAUUUUCGGGUACUUUCAGGCAAUUUGAGGCGUGGUAUAUAAUCGCGGUAAAGCUUUUCCCGGUCUUUGUCAGAUAGUUUGCUAUCCUUCAUUUCUGCCUCCUUUCUAUAUUUACGCUUGAACUCCGGCCAGUAUAAUUUUGGCGUAGCAUAUUCUUGUAGGAACGCAAGGUAGCGGAUUCGGGGAUCUUUCUUUUCCUCCUUCUCCCUGAGCUCUUUCAGCUCUUGUAUCC